GGGUCUGGAAGGGGGACUAACGAGAGAAGCGCGAGCAGAGGAGGGGACCCAAGCUGGGUCCGCGUGGGGGCGGGGGCGCGUGUCGACGUUGACCGAGAGCUGCUCGGUAUGCAAAUGAAACGCAAAACAGCAUGUAGAUGAAUGCAGUGUUUUUUGGCACUCCGCUUGGGUACUGAGCCCAGCGGAGGUACGCUCCUAGUCGCCCAGAACCGCUCCGUUGAUAGUGCCUUGGAGCAGCGUCCCGAGGGGCGGAUCCGGGCCGUGGGAGCUACAGUUAUACCGGGCAGUUCGCCAGCUGGGUCAGGCGCAGUGGAGGCCGAGGACUGCUGGGAAAGAAGGGGUAGUGCAGGGAGGCCAGAGUGGGGGCUGGCCCGGGGCGUCCUCCCCUCUGCUCCACCUCCGCAUGAUACAAAAGGGUCUCUGUCCUCGCUACAGGCAGCAGGGAAAGGAUCGGGGUGGUGGCUCUUCUACGCUCUCUGGUUUUAUCUGCAAGGGAAACACUGUGGCUCGGUGGCUGUCCUCAAUCUCCCAGUCUCGGCCAAGCCCGAGAAUACAGCCGGAGGAACCCUGAAAAAAAAAAAAAAAAAAAAAAAAAAAUCUGUCCCGCGUCCACAGGCACUGCUACAGCGCCCACCAGUGGUGCAGCCUGCGGAGCUAUCACUCCAGCACUCGGAGGGUGGCAGCAGAGAGCCCUUUAAGGGGCGGGGCCAGUUCUUCCUCAGGACCUCCUCCUCUGAUUUGAGUCAGCGCUUGCUCAACUGGCUCGCGCCUCCGCCAACCGCUUUUUCGUUUCCUUCCCGUCUCUUCCCUGGUGACCCCGGAAGUGGAAGUGGGCGUAGGUCGGCGGCCACGGCGGGGACGGAAGGCGGAAGCAGAGCUUGAGCGGGAGGCGGAGCCGGGGGAGCUGCUCUCGUAGCUCCCCCUGGCCCUAGGCCCAGCUGCUCGAGGGGGAGGAGUUACCGCCGCUCUUCGGGCAUCAGAACUUAUCAUGAUGGCUGUGACCUAAAAUCCUCAGGAAGCCCUGGGGUCAUGGCCCAGAAGCACCCCGGAGAAAGAGGGUUGUGUGGAGCCCACCACAGUGGUGGUGCCUCCUUCAGGACUUUAGGAUCCUCUGUGGACCCUGAAAUACUUUCAUUCUCAGGACUCAGGGACUCAGCGGAGCCUGCUCCUAAUGGUACCCGCUGCCUCACAGAGCACUCUAGUCCUAAGUACACACAGCCCCCAAACCCAGCCCACUGGUCGGAUCCAAGCCAUGGCCCCCCAAGGGGUCCAGGACCCCCUAGGGAUGGAGAGGACCCUGAUCAGAGUGAGGCAUCUUCAGAAGAAGAAUCAGGAGUGGACCAGGAACUCUCAAGAGAGAAUGAGGCUGGGUACCAGGAGGAUGGCAACCCUUCUUUUCUUUCCAUUCCAUCUGCUUGCAACUGCCAGGGAAUCCCUGGAAUCCCUGAAGGGCCUUACUCUGAGGGAGGAGAUAGCUCUUCUAGCAACUUUUGUCACCAUUGUACCUCUCCAGUUUUGGGGGAAGAUGAAGAGUUGGAAGAGGAAUAUGAUGAUGAGGAACCUCUUAAGUUCCCCAGUGAUUUUUCACGUGCGCCCAGUGGGAAGAAACCACCCCGGAGACAGCGGCACCGCAUCCCGGCCAAGGAGGAUACUCGGGAGGGUGGACGCAGAGAUCCCAGGUCCCCUGGCCGACAUAGGCUGGGCCGGAAAAGAAGUCAGGCAGAUAAGCGCAAAGGCCUGGGAUUAUGGGGAGCAGAGGAACUGUGUCAGCUUGGGCAGGCAGGCUUCUGGUGGCUGAUUGAACUGCUGGUAUUGGUGGGAGAGUACGUGGAAACUUGUGGCCAUCUCAUCUAUGCAUGCAGGCAGCUGAAAGGCAGCGAUCUGGACCAUUUUCGAGUCUGGUUGGGAGUCUGGGCAGGGCGGCUGGGAGGCUGGGCCCAGGUAAUGUUCCAGUUUCUGAGCCAAGGAUGUUGCUAUGGGGCAGGGCUGUUCACCCGUUUUCUUAGGCUACUAGGUGCUUUGCUGCUUCUGGCUCUGGCCCUCUCGUUGGGCUGUCUACAGUUGGGCUGGCGGUUUCUGGCGGGACUGGGUGACCGGUUAGGCUGGAGGGGUAAAGCCACUUGGCUCUUUUCUUGGCUGGAUUUUCCCACCUUGCAGCGUUGCCUGAUUCUGCUGAGAGAUAGCAGGCCAUGGCAGCAGUUGGUAAAAAUGUUUCCGUGGGGUUGGCUGGAGUUGCCUUGGGUCAAGCCAAGGACUAAUAGGCAGGGGAAUGCACCUGUAACUGGUGGUCGCUACUGCCAGCCUGAAGAAGAAGUGGCUCGACUCUUGACCAUGGCUGGGGUUCCUGAGGAUGAGCUAAACCCUUUCCAUGUGUUGGGGGUUGAAGCCACAGCAUCAGAUGUUGAACUGAAGAAGGCAUAUAGGCAGCUGGCAGUGAUGGUUCAUCCUGACAAAAAUCAUCAUCCCCGGGCAGAGGAGGCCUUCAAAGUUUUGCGGGCAGCUUGGGACAUUGUCAGCAGCCCUGAAAGGCGGAAGGAAUAUGAAAUGAAACGAAUGGCAGAGACUGAGCUGAGCCGGUCAGUGAAUGAGUUUCUGUCCAAGCUGCAGGAUGACCUCAAAGAGGCAAUGAAUACUAUGAUGUGCAGCCGAUGCCAGGGAAAGCAUAGGAGGUUUGAAAUGGACCGGGAACCUAAGAGUGCCAGAUACUGUGCUGAGUGUAAUAGACUGCAUCCUGCUGAGGAAGGAGACUUUUGGGCAGAGUCAAGUAUGUUGGGCCUCAAGAUCACCUAUUUUGCACUGAUGGAUGGAAAAGUGUAUGACAUCACAGAGUGGGCUGGAUGCCAGCGUGUGGGAAUCUCCCCAGAUACGCACAGAGUCCCCUAUCACAUCUCCUUUGGUUCUCGGAUUCCAGGCACCAGUGGGCGGCAGAGAGCAACCCCAGAUGCCCCUCCUGCUGAUCUUCAGGAUUUCUUGAGCCGGAUAUUUCAAGUACCCCCAGGCCAGAUGUCCAAUGGGAACUUCUUUGCAGCUCCUCAGCCUGGCCCUGGGGCCACUGCAGCCUCUAAGCCCAACAGCACAGUACCCAAGGGAGAAGCCAAACCGAAGCGGCGGAAGAAAGUGAGGAGGCCCUUCCAACGUUGACACCCCUUCUCUUCUUUCCUCAGAUCAAUGUCAGGGAGUCAAAAGGGCUGUGUAUAGCACAGGAUGGAGUUUUGACUUGUUUAUUUUUAAAUAUUUAAAAAAGGGAAAAUUUUAAGCUCAAAUUGUUCACUCAGUACUUGUAGGAAGCCCCAGAACCACUCUCCCUCCUCCACCAGCACCUAGGAACUGAAUCUUGUCUUCUGACAAUACCAAAGAAAUAGGGGGUGGCUAAAGCAAAGAUCCUAGGCCUGGACCUGGGCUGGACAAUAUCUCCCAUGCUAGUGUGGGAACUGGUAUUUCCCUGGGGUCUGUAUGCCUUUGUCUCUUGCUUCUAGAGCAGAUGACACUUUCCCCCCUUUUUUUAAACUACGAGUCUAUCUUAUAAUUUCUUGACCCAUUUCAGGAGGGAGCCCCCUCCUUUACCCCAACAUUCUAGUUAAAAGAGAACAAGAAAGCAUGUAGCCCUAAUUAUAGGAGAUUAUACAUAGAGUUCAGAGAGUGGGAACUUUGAAUUUUUCCUCUGACAUUCACCUUGUGGGUAAUCACCCAAUUUCAUGCUUGUUGCUGCAGGGAUGGCCAAACUAAUAAUUUUUAAAAAGCAGACUCAUGCCCUCUGCCCUUGGGUGAGGGAGAAGGAUAAAGGGGCUCCCAGAAGCCCCCUUAUGAUCCAAGGGUUUGUAUUUUUUUAAGUUUGUUCAUAUUUGUAUGUACAUAUCUAUUUAAAGCCAGGGGAUUAUCUUUCUAUAAAUAUAUAAACUGGCAACCUGUAUCUUUCCUCUCUUCUUUGCCCUUUUUCUCAUUUGAGAAUCCUUUCCCUAAGUGUUAGCUGAGUGAAGGGCACCUCCUACUGGAUCAAGGGAGAGGGGAUUAAAACAAUACCUUAGAGAAGUUUUAUAUAAUAAGUUGCUAUUCCUUGUUUCUUCCCCAGCCUUAUGAGGACAUCUCCCUACCCUUCCUGCUGACCAAACUAUAGCCAUAUCUCAAACAAACAAACAAACAAACAAA